CAAAAGUGGAACAUUAAUUUUAAUAUCUUUGUCCCUAUAUAGAUAACAUACUAUUCAAUUCAACAGUCUAUACCUGGUCUCAAUCCGAUAAGGUCACUGAGAAUGUUCUACUUCAUAUCAUUAUUUUGUACGUUGUUGUGCUGCCUUCAAGUGUCCAAUCAAGCAAAAAUACCAAUACAUACCUACGAUUCCCUCGUGUCAUAUCUGACAAAUGGAUCACGUGUGUCAUAUUUUUUCAAUACGACAACCUGCAAACCAAUUUCAUCUACUGCUGCUGCUGCUGCUGACUUACCAAUAUUUGGUGGCGAAAUCAACUUCUUUUUGGCCUCAAAAAGUUCAGAGAGUGCUGCUGUCCAGCUGAUUUUCAAUCACGAAGUAGUUGAAUUCGACACAAAAGGAGCAUUAAAAGUAGACCUGUAUUCUAUGUAUAUAAUGGAAGAUACUUUACGUAUGAUGUAUGGCAAACCAGGUUUCUUUGCCAACAACACUGACAAAAUAAAGGGAGUUAUCUGCAAAUGGCCCAUUGGUAAUGGAAAUUUUUGGGCACAUAAACCUGCUUUCCCAAAACAUCUCAGUUCGUACAAUGAUAUCCGUCAGACUGUGGUAGGUGGAGAUCUUAUUCGAUUUGUUAUUACAACCGGAGGUUGUAAAUGUCCGUCAGGAGAAGACUGUGGAGAUGAUUAUGUCGGAGGAGAUAUGAAGGAUUUCAAGAUAACAAAAGAAGGCACUAUCAGCUUCUCCAAAUAUAUGACAUUGUAUUUUCCUAUUUCGACGAGUCCAAUGUAUUAUCGAGUGGUCUUUGUCGGCAAUGUUCAACCCAACAAUACAUUAACAUUUCUGCUGUCGUAUGUGGAUGCCACAACAUGGAAAAUAGAAUAUGAUGUAACUAUGGCAUGUCAAAUAGGAAAUACACCAGGACAUGCAGAUUUCUAUUUCAGUAGUGAUUAAAAAGAUAUAUUAAACCAGUAAACCAAUUUAGAUGUGAAACGGUCAUUUAGAUACAAUCAAUUCUUA